GUGAAUCUGGGCAGUUCUUCUCUGUUUCUUGAAACCCCCCAUUUCCCCGACCUGUGGGUUGGGUUUUCUUGAUCUGGUGGGCUAUUUCACUUCUGGAUCUCUGCAAUGCCACUCACCAGUGUUCUUGUGUGAGAGAAAGAAGAUGAACAUUCAUGUCUUUCUUCAAUUUCUUUUGGUCUCCAGUGGGAUCUUUCUUGUGGGUUCUGCUGAUUUUCCUUCAGAUGAAGUGAUUGCUCUUACAAAGUUCAAGGAAGCUAUAUAUGAAGACCCACGUCUGGUAUUGUCUAGUUGGAAUGACUUAGAUUCAGACCCUUGUAAUUGGUAUGGCAUUUCUUGUUCUAUGGCUGCUGGAGAUCAUGUCUUGAAAAUAAACAUUUCUGGGGCAUCUUUAAAGGGCUUUCUUGCUCCAGACUUGUAUCUCAUUUCGUAUUUGGAAGAACUAAUCUUGAAUGGAAACCUGCUGAUGGGUACAAUACCUAAAGAAAUAGGGUUGUUAAAGAACCUCAGAAUCUUGGAUUUGGGCAAUAACCGGCUUACAGGAUCAAUCCCCAGGGAGAUUGGAAAUCUACCAAAAAUCGUAAAAAUAAACCUUCGAUCCAAUGGUUUGUCUGGAAGAUUUCCCUAUGAGCUUAUUCGCAAUUUGAAGUUCCUCGAAGAACUUCGGGUUGAUAGGAAUAAGCUCCUAGGGAUGGUCCUUGGGAGUAAUGUUGCAUACUCUACAUCUAGUGUACAUGGGAUGUAUGCGUCUGGUGGGAAUCCGGUCGGCGUUUGUCGUUCAUCUAAACUAAAAGUUGCAGAUUUUUCAUACAACUUCUUUGUUGGAAGGAUACCAAAAUGCUUGAGUUACCUUCCAAAGUCAAGCUUUCAAGGGAACUGCCUUCAAGUCCAUGAUAUUAAGCAGCGGCCUCUUGCUCAAUGUGGUCAUGAUGGACCACCAACACACAAAACCCAUCCUCAUGCAGUGACCAAACAUAAGUAUGGCUCAAGAAAACCGCGAUGGCUGUUUGGACUGGAAGUGAUGACAGGGAUAAUGGCAGGCACCCUCUUUCUAGCGGCUCUUCUCACUACAUUUCACAAGUUCAACAACAAAUCCUCAAUUGUCAUCCCUUGGAAGAAGUCAGGUAGCAUCAAGGACGAUCACACGACGAUUUACGUAGACACUGAGAUGCUGAAGGAUGUAGUGAGGUACAGCAGGGAAGAGGUGGAGGUGGCGUGCGAAGACUUCAGCAAUAUUAUCGUAUCCUCAACCAACAGCUUGGUGUACAAGGGGACGAUGAUAGGUGGGCCCGAGAUCGCGGUGAUAUCCGUUUGUGUCAAAGAAGAGAACUGGACCGCCUAUCUUGAGCUUUACUUUCAGAAAGAGGCGGAAGAACUUGCGAGGAUUGAUCAUGAGAAUGCAGCAAAACUGUUGGGGUAUUGUAGGGAAAGCAGCCCUUUUACAAGGAUGUUGGUGUUUGAGUAUGCGCCAAAUGGGACCUUAUAUGAACACCUUCACUAUGGAGAAGCCUGCCAACUGUCAUGGACAAGAAGGAUGAAAAUUGUGAUUGGUAUUGCUAAGGGGUUAAAAUAUCUCCAAACAGAACUUAAGCCUCCAUUCACUAUAUCUGAACUGAAUUCAAAUUCUGUGUAUCUCACUGAAGAUUUCACUCCCAAGCUGGUUGAUUUUGAAAGCUGGGAGACAAUCCUCUCAAGAUCAGAGAAGAAUUAUAUAAGCAGUGAAGGUGCAAUUUGCAUCCUUCCGAAUUCACUGGAGGGACGCCACCUGGAUUUCCACGGAAACCUAUAUGCGUUCGGACUGCUUCUUCUUGAAAUCAUCAGCGGCCGACCUCCCUACUGCAAAGACAAAGGAUCCUUACUCGAUUGGGCUAGGGAAUUUCUUGACGUUCCUGAGAAGCUCGAUGGCGGAUUUGUGUGGCCUGCUGGAAAGCAAGAUUGACACAUCCGUAUCUGCCGAGCUGAACGGAUGCUCUCC